AUGUCUCGUGUAAACCGUGGGUUGGGUAUUGAUUUGAAUAGGGAAUUCAAUCCUUACUUAUUAGGCGGUGGGGGAAAGGUAAACGAGGCGGUGAGUGCUGGUAGUGGUGAUUCAACGGCGGUUGUUGAUCGGAAGAGCUCUGAGGGUGAGUUUGAUCCAAUUAGCAAUAAGGACGGCGACGACGGUGAUUUUUCUCCGCCAGUAGAGGCUCUGAAAGCUUUGAAUCUGUGA